AUGGCUGAGUCCUUGGCCUGGCGAAUCAAGGUUUCGUUGCAGUGGACUGGAUGGUUGCAGUACAUUCCGAACAUGUUCCUCGUGGUGCUGUUGUCCUUUCUGGGCUUCCUCUUCCGAACCUUGGGUUUCCCUCACUUGGCCACGAUCUUUGAUGUGUUGGACGCUAUUGCAUUCUUCGUGUUGUGCUUUGAUUUGAUCACAGUGAAGUUCAACUGCCGACCGACGGAGGCCAUCCCAGCACGAAAGGACUGGGAUGCCUUUGACUUGAUGCGCCAGCGCCGCUCCUGCCGUUCCUUCCAGUGGCGGGACCUGACCCCUGAGCACCGGAACGAGCUCAUGGAGUGCGUCCAGGCCAACCUUCUUCCACAGAAGAUGCUCGGAUCCAAACCGAUUCGUUUGGAGUACAUCCGAGAGCCUCUCACGGUCUGGCCUGUAGUCGGCUGCCAUGAGUUCUUGGUGGCCAUCGCGCCCAAGGAGUACGACCGCCUGGCCGUGCUGGACGUGGGCCGGUCUUUGCAAAAGGUGGUCUUGCAUGCAACACGCAUGGGGUUGGCCACUUGUUGGAUUGGCCCUGGCGCAGAUCAGAGCAGCGUCCAACAGAAGCUAGGCCCUCGCUUCAAUGAGGAGAAAGACCACAUCAUUUGUGUUUGUGCCAUUGGGUAUCCAUCCUGGUAUAUGCCAACGACCAUCAAGUGGACCGUGAACAUGUUCUCUGCGACGCGCAAUCCGCUCUCGAAGCUCUUCUUCCGGGAUAGCCGCUUUGAGACGCCUUUGAGCACUGAGGCCCCGCCCUUCAGCCGUUAUGGGCGCUGUUACGAGGCUUGCCAAUGGGCUCCAAGUUCUUUCAAUGCUCAACCUGUUCGCGUGGUGGGACACGCCGAAGGGCAACGCUUUGACUUUUAUGGAGCCAAUAGUUCCCGCUAUUACACCCCAGUGGCCGUGGGCAUUUGGCUCGCGAACUGGGAAACAGGUUGCGAAGCCCUGAAGAUCAAGGGCCACUUCAAAAUCAUGGACAGCGAGAAGCUGGAUGUGCCUGCGUUGACGAAUGAUGGGCCAGUCUAUGACAUGAGUUGGAUUUGCUCACCAUGA